AUGGAGGUACUUCUGGGAGUAAAAAUUGGCUGCCUGCUUGCCCUUCUGGUCCUCACACUGGGCUGUGGCCUCACUCCCAUCUGCUUCAAAUGGUUCCAGAUGGAUGCAGCUACAGGUCACCACUACAGAGUUCUCAGCCUCCUGGGCUGCGUCUCUGCCGGGGUCUUUCUGGGAGCAGGGUUGAUGCAUAUGACUGCUGAAGCCCUGGAGGGAAUUGAAUCAGAAAUUGAGAAAUUCAUGGUGCAGAAUAGUACAGGAAGUGAGGGAAAUUCUUCUCAUGAUGCUACUUCCAGUUCCGUGGAGUAUCCCUAUGGAGAGCUGGUCAUCUCCCUGGGCUUUUUCUUUGUCUUCCUUUUGGAGUCGCUGGCAUUGCAGUACUGUCAUGGGGAUGCUAGAAGAUCCACCGUGCAGGAAGAGGAAUGGGGAGGGACCCAUGCCUUUGGAUUCCAUAAGCACCCGCCUGUGCCUUCACCCUCACUGGGUCCCCUGCGUGCCCUCAUUCUCCUGCUCUCUCUGUCCUUUCACUCGGUGUUUGAAGGUCUAGCUGUGGGACUGCAGACAUCAGUGGCCGCUACUAUACAGCUCUGUGUUGCCGUUCUGGCUCAUAAGGGGCUUGUGGUGUUCAGUGUAGGCCUCCGGCUGCUGAAGAUCGGCACUGGAACAUGGUGGGCCGUGUUCUGCAUACUGUCGUUAGCCCUCAUGUCUCCUGUGGGCCUAGCUCUAGGGAUGACUGUAGCUGGAGGGGCCUCAGGACCAGCGCAGGGGUUAGCCCAGGCUCUAUUAGAGGGAGUAGCAGCUGGCACAUUCCUGUAUGUCACCUUCCUAGAAAUUUUGCCCCGGGAGCUGGCCUGUCCUGAGGCCCCUCUGGUCAAGUAUGGCUGUGUGGCGGCUGGUUUUGCCUUCAUGGCUCUCAUCGCACUGUGGGCCUGA